CAGGAAGUCCAUAAGGAGCCUGUCAUGGCAGCUCUGCAAAAGCGCCGGCACCAGAGCGGAUUAGUGGUACUCGUUAUUCUGCUGGGGAUUCUGGGGGAGCUCGGGGCCAGGCAGAUCCGUUAUUCCAUUCCUGAAGAGCUGGACAAAGGUUCCUUCGUAGGAAACAUCGCUGACGAUCUGGGGCUAGAGCUCCAGGAGCUGGGGGAGCGUGGAGUCCGCAUCGUCUCCAGAGGUAGGAUGCAGCUCUUUUCUCUGAACCCGCGAAGCGGCAACUUGGUCACCGCAGACAGAAUAGACCGGGAGGAGCUCUGUGCCCAGACCGCGCGGUGUCUGGUGAGUUUUAACAUCCUCAUUGAGGAUAAACUGAAUCUUUAUCCCAUAGAAGUGGAAAUACUGGACAUUAAUGACAACACACCCCGAUUCUUUAGGGAAGAAUUAGAAGUGAAAAUUCUGGAAAACGCAUCCCCAUCCUCUCGUUUUCCACUAAUGGAGGUCUAUGACCUGGAUGUGGGAAUGAACUCUCUUCAAAGCUUCAAACUCAGCAAGAAUAGUCACUUCUCAGUGGACGUGCAGAGUGAAGCUGAUAGGCCCAAAUACCCGGAGCUGGUGCUUGAGCGUGCCCUGGAUCGGGAGGGAGAUGCUGUUCACCACCUCAUCCUUACUGCUGUGGAUGGCGGUGAACCUGUCCGCUCAGGCACUGCUCGAAUUCUGGUAACUGUCCUAGACGUGAAUGACAACGCUCCAGUAUUUACUCAGCCUGUCUAUCGUGUAAGUGUUCCUGAAAACCUGCCAGUAGGCACAGCAGUGUUGUCGGUAAAUGCUACUGACCAGGAUGAAGGAGUCCACGCGGAAGUAAUGUAUUCCUUCCUGAGGGUAACAGAAAAGAUCUCCAAGAUUUUCUGCUUGAAUGUUUUCACUGGAGAAAUCUCGAUCUCUGCAAAUUUAGACUAUGAGGAUUCAAGCUUUUAUGAACUGGAUGUUGAAGCCAGAGAUAGGCCAGGUCUACUUGACAGAGCAAAAGUCUUAAUAACUAUCUUAGAUGUAAAUGAUAAUGUACCAGAAGUGGUAGUUACAUCUGGAAGCAGAUCAGUUGCUGAAAGUAUGCCUCCAGGAACAGUAAUCGCUCUUUUUCAAGUAUAUGAUAGAGACUCUGGACUGAAUGGCCUGGUAACAUGCUCCAUCUCAAGAAGUAUGCCAUUUGAACUGGAAAAAUCAGUAGACAAUUAUUAUCGAUUAGUGACCAAUACAGUACUAGAUCGAGAACAGGUAUCCUUGUACAACAUCACUGUAACAGUCACAGACAAAGGAAUUCCACCUCUGUCUACAGAAACACUUAUUUACCUAAACGUGGCAGAUAUCAACGACAACCCACCUGCCUUCCCCCACUCCUCCUAUUCUGUCUACAUCCCUGAAAACAACCCCAGAGGUGCCUCCAUCUUCUCUGUGACUGCACAUGACCCGGACAGCCAUGAGAAUGCCCAAGUCACUUACUCCCUGUCUGAAGACACGCUCCGGGGGGCACCCCUAUCCUCCUAUGUGUCCAUCAACUCUGACACUGGUGUCCUAUAUGCCUUGCAUUCCUUCGACUAUGAGCAAUUCCGUGACCUGCAACUGAGAGUGACUGCGCAGGACAGCGGAGACCCACCGCUUAGCAGCAAUGUGUCCUUGAGUAUAUUCAUUCUUGACCAGAAUGACAACACACCGGAGAUCCUGUACCCCGCCCUCCCCACCGACGGUUCCACAGGCGUGGAGCUGGCACCCCGAUCGGCAGAGCCCGGCUACCUGGUAACCAAGGUGGUGGCGGUGGAUAGAGACUCUGGCCAGAACGCCUGGUUGUCCUACCGCCUGCUCAAGGCCAGCGAGCCAGGGCUUUUCGCGGUGGGGCUGCACACGGGCGAGGUGCGCACAGCGCGGGCCCUGCAGGACAGAGAUGCGCUCAAGCAGAGCCUAGUGGUGGCAGUGCAAGACCACGGCCAACCCCCUCUCUCGGCCACCGUCACGCUCACGGUGGCGGUGGCCGACAGCAUUCCAGACGUCCUGGCCGAUCUGGGCAGUCUCGAGCCCCCAGCUGACCCUGAUGCCUCAGGUCUCACGCUGUACCUGGUGGUGGCGGUGGCCGCAGUCUCCUGCGUCUUCCUUGCCUUUGUGAUCGUGCUGCUGGGACUCAGGCUGAGGCGCUGGCAUUCGUCCCGUCUACUCCAGGCUACGGGGGUUGGAUUGGCUGGCGUGCCCGCCUCGCGCUUUGUGGGCGUGGACGGAGUGCGCGCUUUUCUGCAGACCUACUCCCGGGAGGUCUCGGUCAGGGCGGACUCCAGGGAGAGUCACGUGAUCUUCCCCCAGCCCAACUAUGCCGACACGCUUAUCAGCGGAGAAAGCUGUGGGAAAAGCCAGCCUCUUUUGAUUCAGGAAGAUUCAGGUUUUUGUAAAGAGGAAGACUCCCUUGUUCAGGUGAGGUUAUUCUUUUUAUUGGUUUUAUUUGAACAAGAACGUUUAAAAUUUUCUUUGAUCAGUGCUUAG